CCAGCUGUUUCGCUCGCCUCUCGUCUCCGCCGCUGCCCUCAUUCGCCAUGCUCUCCGUCCGCGCCCCGCUCGCCACCAUCACCGACCAGCAGCAGCUGCAGUUGUCGCCGCUGAAGCGACUCACCCUGGCUGACAAGGAGAACACGCCCCCGACCCUCAGCAGCACCCGCGUCCUGGCCAGCAAGGCAGCGAGGAGGAUCUUCCAGGACUCCGCCGAGCAUGAAAGUAAGGUACCUACUAACCCCAGCGUUGAGGAUGAGCCGUUACUGAGAGACAAUCCCCGCCGCUUCGUUAUCUUUCCCAUCGAGUACCAUGAUAUCUGGCAGAUGUACAAGAAAGCUGAGGCCUCCUUUUGGACUGCCGAGGAGGUGGACCUUUCCAAGGAUAUUCAGCACUGGGAGGCUCUGAAACCCGAUGAGAGACAUUUUAUAUCUCAUGUCCUGGCUUUCUUUGCAGCCAGUGACGGCAUAGUCAAUGAAAACUUGGUGGAGCGCUUUAGCCAAGAAGUUCAAGUUACAGAGGCCCGCUGUUUCUAUGGCUUCCAAAUUGCCAUGGAAAACAUCCACUCUGAAAUGUACAGUCUCCUUAUUGACACUUACAUUAAAGAUCCCAAAGAAAGAGAAUAUCUCUUCAAUGCUAUUGAAACCAUGCCUUGUGUGAAGAAGAAGGCCGACUGGGCCUUGCGUUGGAUUGGGGACAAAGAGGCUACAUAUGGAGAACGAGUUGUGGCCUUUGCCGCGGUAGAAGGAAUCUUCUUUUCUGGUUCUUUUGCAUCGAUAUUCUGGCUCAAGAAGCGGGGACUGAUGCCGGGCCUUACAUUUUCCAAUGAGCUUAUUAGCAGAGACGAGGGUUUACACUGUGACUUUGCCUGCCUGAUGUUCAAGCACCUGGUACACAAGCCAUCGGAGCAGAGAGUGAAAGAAAUAAUUACCAACGCAGUUAGGAUAGAGCAGGAGUUCCUCACGGAGGCCUUGCCUGUGAAGCUCAUCGGGAUGAAUUGCACUUUGAUGAAGCAGUACAUUGAAUUUGUGGCCGACAGGCUGAUGCUGGAGCUGGGUUUUAACAAGAUUUUCAGAGUAGAAAAUCCGUUCGACUUCAUGGAAAAUAUUUCACUAGAAGGAAAGACAAACUUCUUUGAGAAGCGUGUAGGCGAGUAUCAGAGGAUGGGAGUCAUGUCGAAUUCGACAGAGAAUUCUUUUACCUUGGAUGCUGACUUCUGAGUAACUGGUCGUGUGCUCUUUGCUGAUUUUUCUCCCCUUGUCAUUAAAUGAAAUCAGCAAAAACCAACCAACUGGCUACCCCAUGAAUUGUCACUAAAUUUGCUAGGUGUCUAAAAGCUGUGUAGCUACCUCAGUCCUGUUUGCUAGGCUUGUCACUAGAAGAGGAAAUCAUACUUCAAACAAUGGGUCCUUGGAUUCUUAAGGUCCUUGGUGCUUGGCUUUUACAAGUAGCAUGGUCACCUUUGACCUCAUCAAAGUCCUAACAGCGCUGGGCCGGGCUUUCUGAGCAGUGACCCCCAAGCAAGCAGGUUUCAACAUUUAGAAGCCACAGGGCUGUUUAAAGAUGUCAACCUCACUGCUUCCUGCAGGUAUAUAGAGUUUACUUAACAAGUUUGUAAAUAAACCUGGCACUUUGCACACAGACAUAGUACUGUCAGGGGGAGAGCCUGCUUUAUUUGGUUUCUAGACCAAGCAGGAAGUGUUCCAUCUACCACUGGUGGCAGUCCCAUUCAAAGUCUAAGUGACUAAGUUAGUAUUGAACAAGCACGCCAUUUCCAGGCUUUGUUCUUGUCAGCUUUGAAGCCUGUCCUGUGCAGCCCAGGCCCUAGCCUGCUGGUUCCGGUCAGUAGAUCAUCAGUUCAUAAGCGUCGGUGUGGAGACCUUCCAACUUGGAGUCACUAGAAACUUAGCCAUGAUUUGGGACACUUGCUGGUUGACUCUGUCUUCAUUUGUGUGACGAACAAUAUUUGUCUUUUUUUUCAAGUUGUACUUUGUCCCAUUUCUAGUUAGUACGGAGUCUUGCAAGGGCUUUGAAUAGUGACCUGUGCGUGGUCUUGAUCCUGUCAGUGGUAAAAUCAGGGGUGAAAUCCACUCAUUCCCAUGUUGAUUGUGUGAGGGGGCACUAUUGAAACUUAGUCCACUUAUUUUAAAUUAAAGAAAAAUUGAAUGCAUUUUAUGAGGUUUUACCUCUAUGCUUUUUUUUUUUUAAUUCUCAGUAUUAUCUUGAAGUUUGCAAAUGCUGUGAUUGUACUAUAAAUUCUGACGUUUGUCUAAAUAUGAGUGUCACAUGACUUUUUUUUAAAGUCAGAGUCUUACCUAUGUAACUCUGGCUUGGCCUGGAACUGGCUCUGUAGGUCAGGUUAGCCUUAAACUUGCCUAUGUCUCCCAAAUACUGGGAUUAAGGUUUCUGUCACCAUACCUGACUCUUUACCCAGUGAAUUCCUAAACACCAGAAACCAGUACUGUACAAGAUGUUAAUGUGUGUACAGACCAGUAGUUAACAGCUGGUUAACCUCAAUCUUCCUUUUUAUGUACAUUAAUCUUGUGUUUAGGGAAGAGAACAACAGCUAGAGUUCACCUAGUAAGUUUGAGGCCGGUGGUGGGUACAUAUAUGGGACUCCCUUAAAAACCAGAACAGUAAAAGCAAAUGUCCCCUAUGGUAAUUCACCCUCCUCUAACUUCCUUGGUAACUGAUAUUAUAUAUCUGCUUAUGACCUUUGUCAGUUUUCUUUAUUGUAUAGAUAUUAUUCCUGUAAUAUGAGAACCAUUAUACCUUUUAAAUUAUUGUUACUUAAAAUUAAUAAACUCCAAGUCUCAAAAUUGCAUGGCA